AUGAGCACACAACCUUCUCAACUUCUUAGAAUUCCUGGAGCGUGCCUCAACAGCACACAGACGCAGAAGACGAAGAAAAAAAUUAUCGCGGACAUACGCAAAGGUGUCUACAAGGUGCUAUACGUGUCCCCAGAGUUGGUGGUGACCAAGAACUUUGCUGAUCUGGUGCAUGGCAAGGAAUGGGUGAAGGGCCAACGGGUCGAGUGCGCGCCGUUCCCGAAGAUCGGGUUUGUGUGCGUUGACGAAGCCCAUUGCGUCUCGGAAUGGUCUCAUAAUUUCAGGCCUGCCUAUCUGCGCCUUGGCCUAGUGCUGUGCGAGACUCUGGGCGUCACCAAUAUCCUGGCCUUGACCGCCACCGCUACCAUAGCAACGCUCAACUCCGUAAUGAAAUGCUUUGCCAUUUCUCCCUCAGGUG